AUGGGUCGUUGCUAUGAGAAUCCUCCCGUCCAAGAACCCAACCACGAUACUCUUUCUUGUCCGUUCGUGGUGGAUACCUUCAUUGGUACCUUGGAAGCACAUCUGGACAAGGAUAUUGAUGCGGCUGCCUUUGAUAUGUACCUGGAAAUGACAUCAUUUGAUACUGAAAGAGAUUCUGCCAUGUUUGUAUUUCCACAUCCGACGACUGCCGCUUUGGCUUCCAGCGCAUGGAUGCUUCCUGAAACCACGCCUGGUGGUUCACUCUUGCAGGGGUUGGUCUUUUGUGGCACCGAUCAACGCAAAGAAUGCCCCGCAGAGUAUUGGAAGAGUCAAGGGGGAGCGCAAUGGUCUUUUUGGCAGGGCGUUUAUUCGAAUUUUGCCAAGACGGCCAAGGGUCAGGUUCGCAUGGUCCUGUUGGGCGACAACAAUACUCUUUCCACUAUUCCACCUCUUUGGGAGGAAGCUGUGAUUCCGAAUAUCCUUACUGGGAAUGCCACAACCAGUUUGGAUAUCAUUGCCACAAACUGCGAGGCUGAGGGUGUAUUGGCAUUGUUGGAGGAAAUCCAAACGGGGCUACCCGAUGUCCCUUGCAACUGCACAAAUAUCGCAGAGGCAACCAACGAGAAGGAGGAACCGCUUUGCAAAGUUGCCAACAUCUUGGAAGGGCCGUCGACAGAAAAGCCUGAAACGUCCGCACCAGAUGCUGUGGAAUGUCAAUGUCCCACAAGUGUCUACAUGGUGCUCUUUUGGGGCCUGAUCGUUUUUGGAGCUGCUCUGGCCUAUGCUUAUUGGUCUGUUCGACAUUAUUUGCAGGGCUACCAAGCGAUACCGGAGACAAAUAAUAGUGAACAUCCAAUACCGGUACUACCGAAGCAAUGA